AAUUAAAAACGCCCUCAAUCGACAGCUAGACAGCAGGCGAUGACAGAUUGACAGAGGGCCGAGAUUUCUGUGACUGCGGUUUUGGUGAGCGAAAUUCUGGUGGUGAACUGCGGACAACGGAGUCCUGUCCUGAUCCUGUGUGGAAUCAGCUGAUUCUGAAUUGAUCAAGUUGACUGAAAUAAGAGAGUCCAUCUGCUUUUUUACAACAACGACUACAAAUUGACGUCCGUUGUGGCAUCUCGUGAAUCGGCCAAUCACUGAGAAACCUGAUGAAGAUCAACAUAUCCAGCCAAUGAGAUGAUGCUUUCACAAUCUUCAGCAUACUGCAAGAAGAUAAAGAUUAAUGUAAUACUUGAUGGAAUGUUCGGCCAACAAGAUAAAUACAUGUAGCUUCAGAAACGUGGAAUCACAAGUAUCAAAUGUCUGUUUUUUCUUGUGACAAAUUCUUCUCAUCAAGCUUGAAGCUAAAUGGUCAACAGAGGGUCCACUGUAAGUGAGAAAAUGUUCUUGUGAGACAUCUCGUAAACCUAAUUCUGAUCGAUAAAAUCUACACUUACACAACAGACUGCAUAGACUACAGUGUGAGAACUUUUUUGCGAUAUCUGUUGCAAUAGCCUCUCUGAUCAACAUAGUCCAACGAUGCGCAAGAGGGUCAAUGCUAGUGAUGAAAAAGCAUUUGUUUGUGAGACCUGUGGUAAAGCCUUAUCAAGCAAAGGUAAUUUACGCACUCAUAAAAAGGUGCACACUGUGGGGAAACCAUUUGUUUGUGAAAAAUGCGGUAAAGCCUUUUCUUAUCGUGGUAGUCGAACCAGACACGAAAAAACGCACACCGAUGAGAAACCAUUUGUUUGUCAGACCUGUGGUAAAGGCUUUUUCCGGGCCGAGCAUCUGACCGUACAUGAAUGGAUUCACACCAAUGAGAAACCCUUUGCUUGCCAGUUCUGCAGUAAAGAUUUUUCUGACAAAUAUCAUCUAAAGAUGCAUGAAAGGUUGCACACCGGUGAGAAACCAUUUGUUUGCAAGACAUGCGGUAAAGCCUUUCCUGGCCCGGUUAAUCUAAGUCGGCACGAGAAGAUCCACACUGGCAGAACACUGUUUGUUUGUGGGACCUGUGGUAAAGGCUUGUCUUGUAAAAGUAAACUAAAGGCACAUGACCGGGUGCAUACCGGGGAAAAACCAUUUGGUUGCGAAAUCUGUGGUAAAGCCUUUUCUGAUCGAAACGACCGAAACAAACACGAAAGGACGCACAGCGGUGAGAAAUAUAUUUGUGAGACCUGUGGUAAAGCCUUUUCUUACCAAGGUAGUUUACAUAAACAUGAAAGAAUACACACCAAACCAUUUGUUUGUCCGACCUGUGGUGAAGCUUUUCCCCAAAAAAGUCAGCUAAACAGACAUGAACGGAUACACACCAGUGAUAAACUAUUUGUUUGUGAGACCUGUGGUAAAGCUUUUUCUAGCAGAGGCAAUCUAAAAAGACAUGAAAGAAUGAAAGGAUUGACACCAAUGAGAACCCAUUUGUUUGCGAGACCCGGGGUAAAGACUUUUCGUAAAAAGGCAAGCAAAUCAGGCAUGAAAGUUGACCCUCUAAGAAUCAUCUGUUUGCGAGACCUGUACUGUGCUAAAACUUUUUCUUAAUGUCAACAAAUAGACAUGAAAGGUUACACACCGUUGAUAAACAAAUUGUUUCAUUUGUUCGUGAGACUUUGGGCAAAGCCUUUUCUAUCGCAGAGGCAAUCUAAGAAUGAAAGGAUUCACACGAUGAGAACUCAUUUAUUUGCGAGACUGUGGCAAAUACUUUUCUUAACCAAGUUCAUCUAUUCUAAGCAGACAUGAAAGAAUGCACAGUCUGUAAUGAGACCAUGUAUUCAAAGGGAAUAUACAUUUGCUUUUGCUGUAAUUUUCAAAAAUGCAUGGACUUGGGGGAGAAAUAUUUUAUAACAAAUCCUGUUACACUGACAUGUUUGAAGUUUUGUGUUGGCAGAUGCUGGAGAAACCAAGAAAAAAUAAUCAUAUUAUUGCAGUCUGGUUCCCGACCUCACCUAACUUGAAAUGGAGCAAUUUAUAGACGUCAGGGAAUUGUAAGGUCAGGGAACCAGUCUUGAAGGCUUAUUAUCGUUCAUGGAUGGGUAAUCGAUUCAAAACAAAAUUCAGACUAAAUCCAUAUGAAAUGUGGGUAGUAUUAUAAACAAAAAGCCAGAUUUUUUUCAACGCUGAUCAGCCCAUCAGCAUUGGAAAUUGAUACAAAAAUACCACUUUUCUUGAAAAUGACAGCACACUAGGUGCCAUGAUUUUACAGGAUGCUUUAGACUGUUAUUCACUAAAAGUGCAGUGAGGUAUUUCAUAAUAAUGAAGUAGUUUUUUAUGUUUGCAAUGUAAUUUUGUAUAUUCCCUUUAAAUGUUUAUUUGCAAUUAGAUAAUUCUCGCUCAGGUAUCUGAACGUACAUGUACAUGCGUCUUGUUUGUGAGACACAUGGCAAAGCCUUUUCUGGCCGAGGUAGAUGAAAUAGGUAUGGCUUUUGUGGUGAUAUGUACUUGUAAACGAAAUUCUCAAUGUAAACAGAAAGGUUGACACUGGUGAUAAUUUAUAUAUGCGUGUACGUUGUAUCUAUUUGUACCUAUGAUUGUAUUGCAUGUAUAUUGUAUUAUAUAUUCACUGUACAAUGUAUUAUUUGUUAAGGCGUUAUACUUAAUUGUAUUGUAGUGUUUCAUAUGUUGUACAUUUGUGUUCAAUCUGCAUUGUCCGAUCAAACAGGUUCGGUGUGAAUUUGGUUAUGGCAGGAUAUAAUAAAUGGGUUUUAGGUUAUUACCCGUGGACUUAUUUCUAACUCAACUGUUCACGAUCACAUUCCGUACUGAUGAAAUUGCACACACGAUACUGGUUGAAGUCAUGUUUGCGAAUUUACACCGAAGUGGGCAUGACUCAAAAAUACAUUUAGGCUCAGAUAGGUUUCGACUUACUAAAAAAGUAAUACUAUUCCAAAAACAUGCAAAGCAUCAUGCAGAUAUAAGCUUUGCUGGCUGUUUGCCAAGCACGUUCUUUAAAACGAAGUAACUUUUUCUCUGAGAGUGUAUACCUUGAAUGGAAAAAGUCCUGUUCGAGAAGGAUUUUGCCAAAUGUAAUUAUUUUUGUGAACUACUUUUCCUUGAAACUGGAUGAAUAUUGUAUCUAUCUAUCUGCAUGUAUCAACCAUGUACAUGUAUGUACACCAGUGCAUAAACUGCCACUUCCAAGAAAAUGAGAGCUAUAGUCCAGCAUGCAUCAGUUCCCUGCUGCGUUCGGGAUCUCGCCAUGAGACUUCUUGCCUGAUGGAUCUUUCUGCACUAGGCAGGCUUGUCACUUAGACGAUGCCAUGUUGCUGCGUUUGGCAGGGUUUCUAGCCAAAUUCCCCUUGUUGAGGGUUAGAGGGUUGAGAAAUACCAACCACAUUUGGAAUACCUCCAUUCAUUUAUAUUUUCAAUCCAUGAAUUGGAAUGCACUAAUUGUUCAUAUCGUAUGCUAUCUUAUUUUCCCAAUUGCUGUAUUUGAUGGCAUUGCUGUGUUUUAUUUUGUAAAGUUUUCCUGGGCCCAUAUGGUAUCGGAUGCAUGUUGUUUUUUAUAAUUACAGUAAUUGAAAAUGUACCUUUGUGUUCAUUAACCUUUUUGCAAUCAUCACUGUUUGUGUAAUGUUCAAUGGCAGUUGAGGUGCUCUUUUCGUUUUGAUCAUGCAAAUGUGAAUGUCCAUAUUCAUGAGCAACAAUAAUGUGAUGUCAUUUCAGGCAAAAACUCAGUAAUGUCUCAGCUAUUUCAGCAUUAACAAAAUGCCAGUAUUUUUGAUAA